CAGUAGGAGAGUUCGCGGACAAUGAGAGCCACGAAAGAGCAGGAAGCCGGCUCACUGCAAUUUUGUGCGUCAAGAGUAUUCGCUUACAACGCGUAAUAGACUGCAAGGAGGAAGAGGUGAAAUCAUCAUGCCGGCAUCAUCGAGCACAGAACCUAGCGGGCGGGCGCCUGCAGUGCCGAGCAACUUGCGGACGUUGCUGGACUCAGCGGACGGACCGUCUCACGGUGCAGCGCGAGAUCAACGAUCCUUCGCGCGCCCGUUACAUGGGGGAGGCGCUCCUGCGGGUGGCGGGCGGAACGCCGCGUUCCACUUCUACA